GAACUUCACAAAUCCAGUGUGUGGGUCUUCCAGUGAGUUGGAGAUGAUCGAGGAACCAUGGCACCGUUUGAAACCUUGACAUGGACUAUACAUUUUAUACUUCUAAACAUUGAACCCUGUCUCACAUAUGAUCGCUUCAUCUAUAAAAUAGGUGACAGAUAUUGCAGAAUGUGUAGGCCUGGAUAUCGUGUAAAUAGUCAUUGUACUACAUCUACAUUCACUUCCUGUGUGCCCUGUAUUGACUCCACCUUCCUUGAUGAGCCCAGUGAUAAAACAACAUGCAACAACUGUACCACAUGUGAUCCAGGUUUGGGUUUGAAGGUAAAGCAGCCAUGUAGACCUUCAUCAGACACUGUCUGUGGGACACUGGAGGGGUUCUACUGUCUAGACCCAACUAAGGAUGGUUGUAGAGCAGCCCAGAGACACAUCAGCUGUAAACCUGGUCAAUACAUCAGUCACACAGGAACAACAUCUACAGAUACUGUGUGUGCUGACUGCCCUGGUAAAACUUAUUCAGAUGGAUCAUUAACAUCUUGUCAACCACAUACAGAAUGUAAAUUCUUGGAAACUCCUUGGUUGGAUUCAGAAUGUGGAGUUUCCUCACUUCUCACAGCUGGAAUCAUAGCUGGUGUUCUAUUUUUCCUGAUAGGCACCAUAGCUGGUGUUUGUAUAUUUAUGAGGAGAAGAGAAAUAGGGAGAAAUAUAAAAAACUUGGGCUCUCAAAUACCUACACAGGCAUCCCCAGAUCAGGAAAUACCAAUGCUGUCUGGGGGAAACGAUUCAAGCCCCCGUCACAGUCAGGGAGUCAACGGUGUGUAAUCUGGCUGGUCCAGCCAUCUCUAGUAAAUCUUAACACUACAUGUUAAAUUUUAUAUUGUAGAAUCUGGUUGGUAUAAGGACCACUGUGCCUUUGUAUCACAUGGGGAUGUUUGAAACUUACUCCUCAGCCUGAACUGUUCCCACUUGUGUCACCGAAUAGCUAGCUUUUUGUGUGGGCACCACUGGUAAGAUGCUUCAGAGGGGAGGUCACAUAUCAGCUUCUGCCUACAGCCUACAGACUGGUCUAAAAUGGAAAGGACCAUGUGAUGAGUAUAAAUUAGCUUCACCUUGCUAGGAAACAGCUUCAGUAGCUGAGAACCCUCUGCUCUGCCUACAGACUGGUCUAAAAUGGGAAGGACCAUGUGAUGAGUAUAAAUUAGCUUCACCUUGCUAGGAAACAGCUUCAGUAGCUGAGAACCCUCUGCUCUGCCUACAGACUGGUCUAAAAUGGGAAGGACCAUGUGAUGAGUAUAAAUUAGCUUCACCUUGCUAGGUAACAGCUUUAGUAGCCGAGAACCCUCUGCUCUGCCUACAGACUGGUCUAAAAUGGAAAGGACCAUGUGAUGAGUAUAAAUUAGCUUCACCUUGCUAGGUAACAGCUUCAGUAGCCGAGAACCCUCUGCUCUGCCUACAGACUGGUCUAAAAUGGAAAAGAGCAUGUGAUGAGUAUAAAUUAGCUUCACAUUGCUAGGAAACAGCUUCGGGAGGUGAGAACCCUCAGCUCUGCCCAGGGGGAAGUCAAAUGUGUGUAUAACUUCAAGACCACAACAUCUAUGUCAGCCCAGACUAUGGAACUCCAAACGGGACUUGAUAAUAUCUUGAGACACAGAUUACUGGAUACUGGUGCAGGAUGCAGCAUUCGUUUGGAGAAGGUUCCCCAGAAAUGAGAAACAUCGUCAAACAUGGUUAAAUGGAUAACUUUACACUACAAGAACAUCAAGAUCAGGCUCAUAGAAGUAGACGAGGACAUCAACAAACAGAUACAACUUCACUAUAGACUGUAUGGAUCACAGAAGGGUGUAAAGACAAUAUUUCAGGAACUAUCCUGAAUGGCUUCCACUCUCUCACAUUAAAAUGCAGAAUAAGUAUUGUAGAAGAGUGCAUGUCCACUCAGUCACCUGUGGUGUCCCCACCCUGUUCAUCCUCUGCCUACUUCCACUUGGUCAUGUAGUCAGAUGACUUGGGGUCCUCUUCCAGUUUUGCGGAUGACAUGCAUGUCUACAUUAAAAUGGCCCCAAAUCUUCAAAGUAUAUGCUUGGUUAAAGCUCAACAUUCAAAAACAUGUAACAAGCUGUCCUUCAGGGGGCAGUCUGGGGGUGUUUGGCUCCAGGAGAAGAGAACACCGCCUGGAUGAUCUUCAAUCUCAGCCUCUUAUGCUGGAAGACAUGACAUAAACUCUUUAUGAAUCCUUCAUUAUGUAUGCCUUACUAUUAAUGCCUUGCAUGAUUGUUAUAGAAAUGUUUGUGGUCACACGCACAUCCUUUAAAACUUACAGUACCAGUCAAAAGUUGACACCUACUCAUUAAUGUUUUUUUCUUUAUUUUUACUAUUUUCUACAUUGUAGAAUAAUAGUGAAGACAUCAACACUAUGAAAUGACAUAUGGAAUCAUGUGUUAACCAAAUUUAAUUGUAUUUUAGAUUCUUCAAAGUAGCGACCCUUUGCCAGCUUUGUAAACUCUUGGCAUUCUCUCAACCAGCUUCACCUGGAAUGUGUUUCCAACAGUCUUGUUGGCUGCAUUUCCUUCACUCUGCGGUCCAACUCAUCUCAAACCAUCUCAAUUGGGUUCAGGUCAGGUGAUUGUGUAGGCUAGGUCAUCUGAUGCAGCACUUCAUCACUCUCCUUGGUCGAAUAGCUCUUACACAGCUUGGAGGUGUGUUGGAUUAUUGUCCUGUAGAAAAACAAAUGAUAGUCCCACUAAGCGUAUUGCUGUGGUAGCCAUACUGGUUAAGUGUACCUUGAAUUCUAAAUAAACCACACAUGUGGGAACCACACAUGCAGAGAUCAUCCGCUCACCUACUCUGUCUCACAAAGACACGGAGGUUGGAACAAAACAUUUCAGAUUUGGUCUCAUCUGACUAAAAGACUGAUUUCCACCGGUCUAAUGUCCAUUGCUCGUGUUUCUUGGCCCAAAGAAGUCUAUUCUUCUUAUUGGUGUCCUUUUAGUAGUGUUUUUUUUUUUUGUUGCAGUCAUUUGACCAUGGAGGCCUCAUUCACGUAGUCUCCUCUGAACAGUUGAUAUGAAGAUGUGUCUGUUUAACUAUGUGAAGCAUUUAUUUGGGCUGCAAUUUCUGAGGCUGGUAACUCUAAUGCACUUAUCCUCUGCAGCAGAGUUAACUCUGGGUCUUCCUUUCCUGUGUCGGUCCUCAUGAGAGCAAGUUUCAUCAUAGCGCUGAAAGUUUCUUUUAGUGCAGACGAGAACCAUUCUAAUUGUUCCGUAUGGACUGUUGUUUCUCUUUGCUUAUUUGAGCUGUUUUUACCUUGCCGUUCUUUACCAAAUAGGGCUAUCUUCUGUAUACCACCCAUACCUUGUCACAACACAACUGAUUGGCUCAAACGCAUUAAGAAGGAAAUAAAUUCCACAAAUGUCCUUUUAACAAGGCACACUCCAGGUGACUACUUCAGGAAGCUAGUUGAGAUAAUGCCAAGAGUGUGCAAAGCUGUCAUCAAGGCAAAGGGUGCCUACUUUGAAGAAUCUCAAACAUAAACUAUAUUUGGAUUUGUUUAACACUUUUUUUGGUUACUACGUGAUUCCAUAUGUGUUAUUUCAUAGUUUGUACAAUAAUAGUGAAGACAUCCAAUGUAGAAAAUAGUAAAUAUAAAGAAAAACCCAUGAAUGAGUAGGUGUGUCCAAACUUUGGAGUGGUACUGUAGGUGCUGGCCUAUUAAAGUCUAGAUAAAAAAAAGGGUUUAACUGUUGUCAUUAAAGGUGGUAUUAAUUAAGGAGCCUA